AUGUAACAAUUCGAUACAGAAUUUGGAAGAUUAUUUUAUUGCAUCUAUACUUUGCAUAAACGAUAACUUAUUAGUUAAGAAAGAAAAGGAAGAUUAAAAGGUUUCUACUUUUAUGACUGUAGAUUUGCUCAUAUCAACAGAUGAUCGUAUGAGUCCUUUAUUAAAUAAUUUGAAAUAAUAUAAUGAAUAAUAAGUGCAUGAACACUUGUUAAUGAUUGUAGAUUCCCCAUAAGAUACAUUUGUCAAAUAAGAAUCAGAACCAUCUGAAGAAAAUUAAUCAAUUAAAUCCACACGAACAUUAAGAAUAACUAAACCAAAGAAAAUAUUUAUUGAAAAGAGUACAUUUAAAUUGGCUGAAAAGAGUCCAGGCCCUUUGAGUACUAGAUCGACUUUGAAAAGGACUUCAUUAUCAAUUUAACAUUCUUGA